UGCAACUCGUCGUGUGCGCCCAUGGCAUCCUCCCUCCAGCGCCUUUGGGCAUCGUCGCCCUCCUCUCCUCCCCAGCGGAGAUCGCGGCGGGCCCCACGCGCCGCCUGCUCCCUCCCUCCGUCCCUCCUCCCCUCCCCACCCCGCGCGGGCAUGCGCGCACGCACCUAUCACGCACCCACUGCGCUCGUCGCCAUUCCCGGCCGGCUAAAUCAGGAUAAUAGGCUAGUGUGGGAGCGACAAGAGGCGGAGGAAGAGGGAGCUGGUGGUGGUGGUGCGGAGGUCGUCGAUCGGAUCGGAUCGGAUCGGUUCGGAGUCGUCGGCAGCGAGAUGUCGAUGGACUUCGGCGCCCCGGCGGAUGACCCCAAGGCCUUCCGCAACAUCUGCCGCGACCGGAUACUGAAGGACUUGCUGAAGCCGGACAAGGAUAAGGAGACCAAGAGCUCGUGGAAGGUUCUUAUAAUGGAUAAGUUUACAGUGAAGAUCAUGGGUUAUGCUUGCAAGAUGGCGGAAAUUACCGAUGCAGGGAUUUCGUUGGUCGAAGAUCUGUUCAAGAGAAGGGAGCCAAUGCCUUCAAUGGAUGCAAUCUACUUUCUGCAGCCACUGAAAGAGAAUGUCAUAAUGCUUCUCUCUGAUAUGUCUGGGAGAUGUCCACUGUACAGGAAGGCAUACAUCUUCUUUAGUUCACCAAUUCCUAAGGAGCUGGUAUCUUACAUAAAGAAUGACAGCAGUGUAAUACCACGGAUUGGUGCACUAAGAGAGAUGAAUUUGGAAUUCUUUACUAUUGACAUGCAGGGCUUCGUAACUGACCAUGAUACGGCGCUGACUGAUUUAUAUGGCCCAAGUGAACAUAAUUCCAAAACAUUCAACGAUACUAUAAGCACGAUGUCUACUCGCAUCGCGACCGCAUUUGCAUCAUUGAAAGAAUUUCCAUGUGUGCGGUAUCGGGCACCGAAAGGAGAUGCUUCCGCAACUACUAAAUUUGAUAUGGUUCCAAAGUGGCUUGCUACUGCUGUUUGGGAUAUUGUGUCAAAAUAUAAAUCAACAAUUCCUGAAUUUCCCCAGAAGGAGACAUGUGAACUGCUCAUUGUUGACAGGCCUAUAGAUCAGAUAGCACCUGUUAUUCAUGAAUGGACCUAUGAUGCAAUGUGCCAUGAUCUACUUGAAAUGGAUGGUACCAAAUACAUAUACGAGGUAUCAAAGGCAGGUUCGGAACCUGAACAAAAGGAGGCUGUAUUGGAGGAUCAUGAUCCUCUUUGGCUUGAGCUUCGCCAUGCUCACAUAGCUGAUGCUAGUGAGAGAUUGUACGAAAAGAUGAAUAAUUUUGUUUCCAAGAAUAAAGCAGCACAACUACAUUCAAGAGAUGGUGGUGAAAUCUCAACAAGGGAUCUGCAGAAAAUCGUUCAAGCAUUGCCGCAAUAUAGUGAUCAAGUUGAGAAAUUGACACUACAUAUAGAGAUUGCUGGUAAAAUUAAUAGGUUUAUCAGGGAGUAUGGGCUCCGUGACAUUGGGCAGCUGGAGCAGGACCUGGUUUUUGGAGAUGCAGGAGCUAAGGAGGUGAUCAGCAUCCUUAGGUCAAAGCAGGAUAUGAGUCCAGAAAACAAACUGAGGUUGCUGAUUAUAUAUGCAAUUGUAUAUCCAGAAAAGUUUGAAGGUGACAAAGGGGAAAAGUUGAUGCAGCUAGCAAAGCUUCCACAUGAUGAUAUGGAUGUAAUAAAGUGCUUAAGAUACUUGGAAGGUGUAGAUACAAAAAAGUCAUCAAGGACCAGUACUUUCUCUCUAAAAUUUGAUGCACAAAAGAAGAAAAAUGCUGCCAGGGUAGAAAAACAGGACGGGGAGGAAACAUGGGCAUUAUCACGAUUUUUCCCACUUAUUGAGGAGCUAAUUGAGAAAAUGAGCAAAGGUGAAUUACCUCUGAAAGAGUACCCAUCUAUGAGUGAGCCAAGUUCUGCUCCUCAAGGUGCCACUCAAACAGCAUCAACGGCAGGACCACCACAAAACCCACAGCCAAUGUCUAUGAGGUCAAGGCGGACACCGCAAUGGGCUAAGUCCCGGAACUCUGGCGAUUCUCAAUCAAGUGAUUCUUCAGUCUUGAGACACUCAUCAGGUGAAUUCAAGAGGCUAGGCAACCGCAUUUUCGUCUUCAUGAUUGGUGGAGCCACUAGAUCUGAAUUGCGCACGGUGCACAAGCUUACAAUGAAAAUGAAGCGCGAAAUCGUUUUGGGCUCUUCUAGCAUCGAUGACCCUCCACAGUUUAUUUCGAAACUGAAGUCUAUAGGUAGUGCCGCUAACAAGUAACAACUAGUUUGCAUGCUGAGCGAUGGAAUGAACUCGCACCUGAUAGUACUCGAUAUAAGCUUACAGCAGACAUACUUGGCCAAUGAACAGUUCUACAUUUUAUCAGGUUGAUGUUGUCAAUUGUCACCAAUGACUGAUGUCUGUCGAACUGAUCACACGUUAUUCUUCUUUAUUUUUGAAUUGAGGAAGUGAGCUGGCAUAUUAGGAUGUAAAAUAAGGGACGUGUGUACAACAUUGUGUCCUUUUUUUUGUGUUGUUGUUGGCGAACUGAUUAAUAGAAAAACUGAUAGGAUGGUUUUGCCAAAAACUGUUUAUAUA